AUGGAACAAAACGAAGAUGGUGAAGCCUCCCUUCUUCAUAUGGAGUAUCUUGAUGUACUCGACGGCUAUAUUGGUUCGAGAAACCUUUUCGAGUGUGUUAAUGGUCUAUUUUGCUUCUCGACGUGGCACCAACCUGCUAUAAUUAUCAAUCCCAGUACAAGAGAAAUAAGAUUUCUUCCUAUAAUAGGUGUGAAUCGCUAUUGUUACUGUUCAUUAGGUUAUGAACCAGAAGAAAAGAUUUAUAAAGUUCUUUUUACGAGAUUAGAAAUUUCAAAGUCGUAUGCAAGAAACUGGGUUUUCACUUUAGGCAUAGACAAAUCAUGGAGGGAGAUCGAAAGCAUUCCCCGGUUUGAUCGAUUGAAGGAGGGAGUUUGCAUUAAUGGAGUUAUCUAUAUGUUUGAUGGUUUUUGUUGGGAAAAAAGAAUAGUUGCUUUCGAUGUGAAAGCAGAAAGUUUCAGAACUAUUACAUUUCCUUGUGCUUUACAUCAUGCAGUGGAUUCUUGUCACCUAAUAGAAGUGAAAGGAAAAUUAGCCAUCCUUCAAAAUGUGACGGAUGGAAAAUUUAAUUUGUGGAUUUUAGGAAACGGUCAACUUCAAAUAUGGGAGAGGGAUAGCAUUACUAGCUCAACAGGGUUUCGUAGUACGAAUUUUUGUUCCCAAACAUAUGAUGGGGAGAUUAUAUUCAUUGACGAUAACUUCACUUACUUCUCUUAUGAUAUCACAAGAAAAAAUUGGAGAAAAUGCGAAUUCCAAGGAUCUCAAAGAGAAUAUUCGAUUAAAGGCAUUUAUAGAUGUGUAGAAAGCCUCUACCCAUUGGAAAAAUGUUUAGUGAAUGCAAGCUAA